AUGGAUAAUUCAACUACAAGCACGCAAAGCAACCCUGAUACAACAGCCGUUCCAGUAUCUACAACUCCUCUUGCAACUACUACUCACACAACUACCGAUUCCACAACAAUUCCAGAAACUUCAACUCCUGAAACAACUAACGAAAUCUUAACAACCCCUCAAAUAACUACGCCUGCCAAAACAACUACCCCUGAUGAAACAACUCCUGAGACAACUCCUGAAACAACUUCCGAUAUCUUGACAACCCCAAAAAUAACUACCCCUGCUAAAACAACUACCCCUGAUGAAACAACUCCUGAGACAACUCCUGAAACAACUUCCGAUAUCUUGACAACCCCAAAAAUAACUACCCCUGCUAAAACAACUACCUUUGAUGAAACAACUCCUGAAACAACUACCGAUAUCACAUCAAUCCCCAAAAUAACUACGCCUGCUAAAACAACUACCUUUGAUGAAACAACUCCUGAGACAACUCCUGAAACAACUUCCGAUAUCUUGACAACUCCCAAAAUAACUACGCCUGCUAAAACAACUACCUUUGAUGAAACAACUCCUGAGACAACUCCUGAAACAACUUCCGAUAUCUUGACAACUCCCAAAAUAACUACGCCUGCUAAAACAACUACCUUUGAUGAAAAAACUCCUGAGACAACUCCUGAAACAACUUCCGAUAUCUUGACAACUCCCAAAAUAACUACGCCUGCUAAAACAACUACCUUUGAUGAAACAACUCCUGAGACAACUCCUGAAACAACUUCCGAUAUCUUGACAACUCCCAAAAUAACUACGCCUGCUAAAACAACUACCCCUGAUGAAACAACUCCUGAGACAACUCCUGAAACAACUUCCGAUAUCACAACAAUCCAAGAAACUACAACUCCUGUUGAAACAACUCCUGAAACAAUCACCGAUAUUAAAACGACACCCAAAGUUACGACGCCUUCUAAAACAACUACCCCUUUUGGAACAACACCUGAAAAAACUACCGAUUCCACAACGAUCCCAGAAACUACAACCAAAGCUACUACAGCUGUCACUGAUGACUGUUCUCAAUCAAACGUCGGGAAACGCUUUGUGUUUGCCUUUCCAAGAAACCAAGAGCUGGGUUCAGAAAGCAAUUUUCUUGUGAUCUCGACUUCCUCCCCACAGGUUGUAAAUGUAGUCGUAAAUGAGUUCAACGGUAAUACAUUCUCGGGUGAGGUUACAGCUAGUAUGAGUCGCUCAUUCAGCCUGUCAGAGAAUUCCCGAUGCACAGGGUCUGGUUUGCAGAACUGCGCUGUAAGGGUCUCAGCAGAUGGCGACAUCUCGGUGAUUGGGUAUAGCGAAUCUGGUCCGUCCGUGGGUAACUUCCUCGCUUAUCCUGUGGGUAGUCUCGGUGACGACUAUGUCGUAGCAAGCUAUAGGCCUACAGAUGGUUACUACUCAGAGUUUACGGUAACUGCAGCUGAUACUGUUGCCCAGGUAACUGUAGAGUUUCCAGAGUUGAUCAGAAACGAUCGAUUAGGGAAUGGCCUUACCGCAGAUCUUCAGUUCCAACUCGAUGCUGGCCAGACCUAUCAGGUUCGGAGCGAUCUGGAUUUGAGUGCUUCCCGAGUGACGUCAACAGCACCCGUGUCAGUAAUCUCAGGAGUAAGCUGCGCCGAAGUACCAUGGGGAUUAAAGUAUUGUGACUAUCUGGUUGAACAAAUGCCUCCUGUCAACACCCUAGGAAAUUCUUUUACUGUGUCAACUUAUCAUGCGCGACCAGAAAGCGGAUUCGACGUCAGAAUAAUAGCCACUCAUGAUAACACUCAUAUCACAUCGGAUGUAGGUAACACCAUCAUUCAUGCAUUUGAAUAUUUUGACACCACUGCAGAGACGUUCGUGGCAUUUGACUUUGAUACUUCAGAGCCUGUUCUCGUCGUCCAAUACCAAAGAGGAAUCUAUGCUGACUACCUCGGAGAACCAUCAAUGUCAAUAAUUUCCCCUAAAAAUCAGUACUCGGUAGGUGCAGUCACUUUCCCUGUUGUCGAUUCAUUCGCCUCUUCGAAUUACGUCGACAUAAUCGUGGCGAUCGAAGACGAAGGCGGAAUCCAGUUGGACGGGGUUCCGUUAGACUCUUUUACCGAUUCUCGUAACACCACUAAAACUUCUACGGUUUGGGGUAAAACACUAACGGGAGGGCUUCAUACAGUGAGUCAUGCAGAUCCAGACGUACCAUUCAGCGUCGUCACUUAUGGUUAUGAUUACUACAUCGGGUACGGAACCACAGCGGGUACCUUAUUGACGCCAUCUUACUGCAGACAGACAACAACAACACAAGUGACAACUGACACAACAACUACGGAUGCAACUACGACUGAUACUGUGACAACUGACGCAACUACCACGGUUGCCUCUACGACGGCUGUGACAACUGACGCAACAACUACGGAUGCAACUACGACUGGUACUGUGACAACUGACGCAACUACCACGGUUGCCUCUACGACGGCUGUGACAACUGACGCAACAACUACGGAUGCAACUACGACUGGUACUGUGACAACUGACGCAACUACCACGGUUGCCUCUACGACGGCUGAUCCACCUGCGGAUGGCAGCUCAAGUGGCACGAACUUCGCAUUCGCUUUUCCCACGAACCAGGAUCACACGGAUAACACAGAAACCUACCUUAUUUUCACCACAACGUCUUCUGGAGCCGUGGCAGUCGUCGUGACUGGGUAUACGUUCUCUUCUUCAUUCUCAAUGGAUGCUUCCGCGGAAUACAUACUGAGAAUUGAACCGAUACCACUCUCGGUCGGUUCUGGACUUCAAAAUAGCACGGUUGUCAUUGAAGCAAGUGAUGAAGUCUCUAUACAGGGUAGAUCGGUCGAUGGGAUAAGUCUUGAGGUAUUCACUCCCAUUUCAAAUACAGGUCUUGGAACUGAAUAUGUCAUUGCUAGCUAUCCUCCUUUGGCAACAGCUGACUAUCAUUCCCAAUUUACCUUGACGACCGGUGAGGCAGGUUCUACCCACGUCACCAUUCGUUUCUCUCAAGAUUACGAGUACACAGGAGAAGUGUACAACCGAAUCAAUCCCCUAGAGCUCGAUCUGGGAACACAUGAAACCGUGCAGUUCCAAAGUUUGAUAGAUUUAACAGGGUCCAGCGUCUCCUCGACCCGACCCGUAUCGGUGGUGUCUGGUGAUAGCUGCGCACAGGUUCCGGUAGAUGUAGAGUUCUGCAAUUACCUGGUGGAACAACUACCGCCUGUUACUCGCUGGGGGAAGAAUGUCGUUUUCACAGGUUUCUACGGUCGGACCAGUGGGACCAUUAUCCGCAUCAUGGUAAGUCUCAGUGGUGCCAACGUGAAUGUCCAGUCUAGAUUCAUCACGGCUCAGACAUUCUCGUCCUCCACCGCUAGCUAUUUUGACUUGGACAUUGGACUCAACACUGAUCCAAUCAGCAUUACGGCCGACAACCCGAUCCUGGUCUUGAUGUAUCACAAGAGCGUCUACACAGACUAUAUCGGCGAUCCCUCCAUGACUAUCGUACCAGCUGUCGAACAAUGGACGUCUGGAAAGGUAACUUUCUUUGUGGUUGAUCAACAGAGUAACCAAGCUGAUGACCACAUUAGUAUUGCCAUAGAAACCGUGAACGAGGCAGGUGUCUUGCUCGACGACCAGUCCGUUUCGACUGCAACAGACGUCGAAACUCUAAGACAUGGUAUCUACACCAUCUAUAGAUUGAGUAUCUCCACCGGCUACCAUACCGUCGAACACCAAGAUGCAACCGUCAGAUUCAGCGUGCUCGUUUACGGAACCAACAUCUACAACAGCUAUGCAUAUCCCGCCAGAAUGGACCUCCCUCUGACUUCAUAAGCAGCGCCUUAACUCAAAGAAAAUCCUGCACUAAAUAUAUCGAUGGGUUUGAAAGUUACAUGUAGUUGGAGAAAGUUAAAGCUAUACUGUCAUCUAGAUAUACCUCUUCACUUAAGCCCGCUGCACAUAAGGCGGUACCACAGUACGACCCAAUAAGGCACAUGCCAAGUUCAUUGUUCAAUAGACCUGUUCACUAACAUAUUAACAUUUAUGAAUGUUUCUUUCCUGAGGACCAAGUGACGAGGUAUUCAACUAUCCUGUUAUUAAUGAAUGAACUACAAUACCUGGAAUCCAGUUUGCAUACAGUAAGUGUUGGUAUGUCGGCCAAGCCUCGGCCAAGUUUUGGGUUGUCAAAAACAACCUCUGUUUACAAAGUAUGCAUACAAUUUGAUAUGUUAGUAUACCUGUCUAUUCAAUAGAGCCAAUGCCGCAAUAAACAGUCAAUAGACCCUCUCUAGAUUACAUUUUGCUUGCGUUAGGUUGUAUGGCAAGCACAUAUUAUUUGUCUCGUUAAUGUAUACAUUUUGUUUGGUAAGGAUUGCUGUCUGAGAGUAAGAAUAUGUUUAUGGAUAGGGAAUGCUCAUUUUUCCCUCGGACAGUAACUGCGUGGAAUGAACUUUCGAAGAUCACCCUUGACGCUACUUCACUGGAGGGCUUCAAGGGAGCGCUUCCACCCAGCAUCUAGACCAAG